AUGUGGCGGGUAUCGGUUGCCAUGGCAACGGACCGUGAGAAUCACAGCCCGCGUGGCCGUGCUCUAACACAUCCUAUUCUAGCGUCGGAGGCUGCGGGUCCCGUGGAACGGAAAGCGCGCGAAGGCAGUGUGGCGCCGAUGCCCGCGCGCAGCACACGCUCACACGGCCGCGCGUGCGCACACGCGCCGUCAGUACCGCGGGUGACAGUUCCGAAUUUGAAUACGGAACGCGGAUUGGCCGGCGCCCGUAAAAUGGAACGGGUGGCAUCCAACCUCUUUGCUGUCGACCUCACU